GGGAAGAGCAUCCUGACAGCCAUGGGUCGACCCAUGCCGGAGCCUUCCACUGUGAUGGCCUCAUGUUCAGGUGCCCUAUCCACCUCUCCCUGCUCCUCUCGUUCCUCCUCACAGCGCUCUGGGACAUGGGCCAAUACGCCCAGGGUGCCCUACCGCACACCUGCCUGCACCCAGGCCAAACCCUCCACAGGCAGCAGUAGUAACGCCCUGACCCCCACCCCAGCCAAGUCCCCAGCCUCCCCUCGCCUCUCCCCAGAGAGAAUCAUAGUGGAGAAGAGGUGGAGCCCGUCCCCCUUACCUUCCCCCCAGGUGGUGUUUCUGAAGGACAUCGUGUGUUACCUGUCCCUACUGGAGAGGGGCACACCAGAGGACAAGCUGGAGUUCAUGUUCCGGCUGUACGACACAGAUGGCAACGGAGUACUGGACAGCUCGGAACUGGACCGCAUCAUCAAUCAGAUGGUCCACGUGGCAGAGUACCUGGAAUGGGACUCUGCAGAGCUGCGACCGAUCCUGAAAGAGAUGAUGGAAGAGAUAGACUAUGACAGGGACGGAACAGUCACUCUGGAGGAGUGGAUCAGAGGAGGCCUCACCACCAUCCCUCUGCUGGUCCUGCUGGGCAUGGAGACGAAUGUUCAGGAAGAUGGUCAGCAUGUGUGGAAACUGAAGCACUUCAACAAGCCAGCCUACUGUAACUACUGCCACACCAUGCUGCUGGGAGUCCGCAAGCAGGGCCUCUGCUGCUCCAUAUGCAAGUACACAGUCCAUGAACGCUGUGUGUCCAAAGACAUAGCUGCCUGCAUCAGCACCUAUGCCAAGUCCCGCAGACACACCAAUGCUAUGCAGCAUGUGUGGAUGGAGGGAAACUCUCCCACUAAGUGUGACCGCUGUCACAGAAGUAUCAAGUGCUACCAGGGCUUAACGGGCCUACACUGUGUGUGGUGUCAGAUCACACUCCACAAUAAGUGUGCGUCCAACAUCAAGCCGGAGUGUGAUGGAGGAGCCCUUAGAGACCACACUCUACUCCCCUCCUACAUCUGCCCUGUCGUCCUGGACCGUCAUUCUGUUGUGAAGCGGGGUGAAGGGGACUCCCCGCCCAGCAGCAGCCCUGACAACACGAGUCAGAGCUUCAAAUUCACAGGAGACGGACAAGCACUGCAGAUCACUCCUCUCCCAGGUACACAUCCCCUCCUGGUCCUGGUCAACCCAAAGAGUGGAGGGAGACAGGGGGAGCGGGUAUUGAGAAAGUUCCAGUACCUGCUGAACCCCAGGCAGGUGUACAGUCUGGACCGAGGGGGACCCAUGGUGGGGCUCAACUUCUUCCAUGAUGUCCCUGAUUUCCAGGUGCUGGCGUGUGGAGGGGACGGGACAGUGGGAUGGAUCUUAGACUGCAUUGACAAGGCCAACUUCGCAAAAGAUCCCCCUGUGGCUAUCCUCCCUCUGGGCACAGGGAACGACCUGGCAAGAUGCCUACGCUGGGGCGGAGGUUAUGAGGGAGGCAGCCUGCUGAAGUUCCUGCGGGACAUAGAACACAGCACAGAUAUGAUGCUUGACCGAUGGAACAUCGACAUCGUCCCUGUAGACAAGGAGGAGAAGGGAGACCCAGUCCCCAACAGCAUCGUCAACAACUACUUCUCCAUCGGAGUGGACGCCUCUAUUGCUCACCGCUUCCACUUGAUGAGAGAGAAGCACCCAGAGAAAUUCAACAGCAGAAUGAAGAACAAGUUGUGGUACUUUGAGUUUGGCACAACGGAGACCAUCUCUGCCACGUGCAAGAAACUCAACGAGUGUAUCGAAGUCGAGUGUGACGGUAUCAUCCUGGACCUCAGCAGCACGUCGUUGGAAGGCAUCGCCGUCCUCAACAUACCCAGCAUGCACGGCGGCUCCAACCUGUGGGGCGAGACCAAGAAGAGGCGGAACUACAACCGCAUGAGCAGGAAGGUUCCGGAUAGAAUGCCCGUCAGUACCGUCAUCGAUAUAAAGGAGCUCAAGUUCUGUGUUCAGGACCUGAGUGACCAGUUGCUAGAGGUGGUGGGUCUGGAAGGGGCCAUGGAGAUGGGGAAGAUCUACUCAGGCCUGAAGAGUGCAGGCCGCAGACUGGCUCAAUGUGCUAACGUUACCGUCAGGACGUCCAGGCUACUGCCCAUGCAGAUCGAUGGGGAGCCUUGGAUGCAGCCCCCAUGCUCGAUCAAGAUCACACAUAAGAACCAGGUUCCCAUGCUACUGGGCCCUCCUCAGAAGACCCCCUUCUUCUUCUUCAAGAGACGCAACAGGAGUCAGGACUGAGUAAGGAGGACACUUCAAACUCCCCCAUCUUCACACACACACACCGACCCCUCGGCCCCUCCAACACCAACUGAUGACUGGACUGGUGAACUGUUCCCCAUGUGGAGGAACUGGACCUUGGGAGAGGAGAGGAGGUGUAGAGGGGAGCUUGGUGGGGGGGGAUCAUUUGGAGAAGGAGAAGAGGACAUUCUUAAUAACAGAAAACAACUCAAGAAGUCCCACAGAACAAUAACUGCCCCUCGGACCUAUGACACCACUUCAGAAUGAACCAACUUUCUCUCAGUGUAAUGACCUCUACCUGUGUGUCCAUGUUCUAGCUUCUAGAACUUCUUGUUAACUCUGAACUCUGACCCUGCCGCAGGCCCACUAGCUCAGUUAACACCGGCUCCAGACCCAGCUUCAGCCCAAACCCACCAGUGCUGCCACACUGCCUUUGCAAAACACAGUCCCAACCAACAUAUAGGUUCAUCUAGGGAUACUGCCAUGGUCCUCAAAGGGAGGGAUAGAGAGAUGGAGUGAUAAAAAAACACAUAAAGAGAGAGAGAGAAACAGAA